AUGGAAAGCGGUAUAAUGGUGGAGACAUUACCAUUAUUUGGUAAAUGUUGUUUAUGUUUAAAACUCGAUGUGGUUAAAAGCAUGUUAACGCCAGAUUUAAGAGAAAAGGAGAGUUAUUCCGAAAUGCUGCUUAAGUGUUUUUCUAUAGAUAUAUCAAUUCUUGAUUUAGAAGACACAAAAUGCCUAAUCUGUAGACCAUGUAUAGACCAAUUGGGAGCUUGUGUUAAAUUUAAAGAACAGGUAGACACUGCCUUGAAGUCAUUGGAGGCAGCAGCUAGGAUUAAAAAAGCAGAUGAUGACUUAAAAGUUAAAGAAGAAAUAUCAAAUGAUGAUGCCAGCGAUGAUGAUAUCCUGUUAUGUCAUUUCAAGCAGGAGUCAAACGAUAGCUACUACAAUGAUGAAUUAUUGGAAAAUGGCAUUCACAAAGACUCGGAAGACGAAAGGCGGAAAACGAGAAAAAUAUCGAAAAAGAAGAAAAUCACAUAUUCGUCCGUUUGUAAGAAAGUUGUGGACCUCGAUGAGACCAUAUACCUUCUGAAUGCUGGACUUUUCCCAUUCAAGAUGAGCAAAGACGACUUCUCGUGCACCAUAUGCCCCGAAAAGACCACCACCCUGGAAGACUUGAAGACGCAUAUAUCCCAACACAGCACAUCGAACAUCGCGACGGCCUUCAAGAAAAUGUCGCAGUCGACAUCCCAGAAAUUCUCAAAAGAGAAAAAUUGCCUCAAAUGCAAGACGUGCGCGGUCGAAAUCAGAAGCUUCGAUGAUAUGAAGCACCAUAUAGACGCCUGCAUCCGGCUCGGAUGUAGGUGGAACCAGCUGCCCUUCAAGCUGGAGAAAGACCAGCUCGACUGCCCCAUCUGCAAGAAGACCUUCCUGAACUUCGUGACCUUGAACACGCAUAUGAACGAACAUUACCCGAACCACACGUGCGAUAAUUGUGGCAAGGCGUUUGCGUCCAGGUCACGGCUAAGAGGGCAUCUAAGGACCCACGAAGUUGGCAACUUUCCCUGCCGUUUCUGUGAUAUGGUCUUCGAUAAGGUGACGAAACGUGAGAACCAUGUCUCCAAAGAGCAUAAAAGCGGGAUCCGAUAUGUUUGUAAGCGGUGUAAUAUAUCCCUGACCUCGUUCUAUGCCCGCCAGAAGCAUCUGGCUGAAGUACAUAACGAGGAGCUGAAGAGGUACAAGUGUAAGGCCUGUACCCAGAGUUAUAUUACUCCUGGACAUCUUUCAAGCCAUGUCCGGAGAGACCAUUUGAACGAAAGAAAUCAUAAGUGCCCGAAAUGCGAUCUGGCGUUCUACACGCGGAACUCCCUGAAGAUGCACAUGAUAAAGCAUGAUGGGGAGAGGAUCCACGUGUGCAGUAUAUGCAGUAAGUCAUAUCAGAGGAUGAAGACGCUGAGGGAACAUAUGCGGAUUCAUAAUAAUGAUAAGAGGUUCAUUUGUCCCGUGUGUGGGAGGGCCUUUACGCAGAAGUGUACGUUGAAGGGACAUUUGAAGGUGCAUCAGCGUACGAGUGACAUUGUGUGA